AUGGCGGUACUUCUGGGGCCACUGAUUACUGUUUGUGUUCCUUUUGGGGCAGUGAGCGAAUCCCAUAUAGCCAGUCCUCAGGGCUGCUGUGCGAGAUGUUGCGAAAAGAAAGGCUGUUUGGCUGCUGUGUAUCGCAGCUUCAGUGAGGAGUGUCUACUUGGAGGUUCUCAGUAUCCUUCCUCAGGAGCCCCAGAUCACCUGGCAUGCCUUGCCCCAAACGUAAACGCGCGCUGCCAGCAGCAGAGAGGAAGGGACUAUAUAUCCAGCCGUGGAGCCACUGUGAAGGGCGUGACCACAGCAGAGUCCUGUUGCGCCCUGUGUGCUGCUUGGGACGACUGCAAGGUGGGCAUUUGGCACCAACGUUGGCAUGAGUGCUACUUAAAGCUCGGCUUCGUAUCUGAAAGGCCGAGCGGACGCGAGACGCCUGCGAUCACGGCCUGUGUGGCCCGGCCCCGAGAAGAGGCGUCGGAGGUGCCCGGAGCCGCGGAGAAGUUGGGUGCCACAGUGUGGGCUCCCUGCUACGCUCGCAACCACUCCAUGCCUGUCUUGCUGGAUGGUGCGAGGACAUUGGAAGACAUGGGAAUGCGGGUGAUCAAGGUGGCACUCUUUCGACCUUCCUGGAACUAUGCUGUUGGCUCCGACUGGCCUCCGGAUGAAUCUUUUGAGACCUUGAGAGAUGUCGCAGAGCAUCAGCACUUCCGCGAGCUCUGGGACAUGCGCUUUGACACGUACGUCUUGGUGGCCUAUUCGACCGCAGGUGGUGGAUCAGCUGGCAACAUGGCGGCUGGAUAUUGGGUCCAGGGCAUCAGCGAAGCAAAAGAGGCUGAAGAGGAGCUGCAGUUCUAUGAAGCAGCCGCAUUUUUUCUGGAGAGAUAUCCCCAAAAGACAUUCGUUUUCAGCAAUUGCGAGGGCGACUGGGAGAUCCGUGGUGGCCUGGGGGUGCAGCGAGCGCCCAAAGAAGCUGAGUUUGUGGCCAUGCAGAGGUGGUUGAGAGCCCGGCAAGCUGGAGUCACCAAAGCGAGACAAAGGUUCCGGGUUCCUGGUGCAGCCGGCAAUGUGUACCUGGCAGCAGAAGUCAAUUUGAUCGCUGAGUCCCUCUUUGAGAAGGGGUCCAACGUGGUGAAUCGCGUGUUGCCCUUCGUGCAGCUGGACAUGGUUUCAUACAGUAGCUAUGACACCCAGCAGGACUUGAAGGAGUUUGAAGCUGCCAUGAGGUAUCUGGCCUCGCAGCACAAUCGCACUGCAUCAGCGCCUGCCGGCAUGGCGGCCGUGAUGCUGGGAGAGUUUGGGCUGCCGCAAAGGACCAUGCCCGAGCGCGAUGUGAGUUUCAUUUUGGGUAACGUCAUCAACUCUGCCCUUGCCAUGGGCGUGGCUUAUCUGCUGUUUUGGGAGACCUAUUGCAAUGAGUGUCUCCCAGGACCUGGUUGUGGAGCAGAUGGUCGAUGUAGGGACAAGGCGGUGAGCGUCACCGAGCUGCAUCGGCUCAACGGCUUUUGGUUGGUGCGUCCAGAUGGCUCCAAAGCCUGGCCUUGGAAAUACUUCAAAGCGAAGAUUAACCAGGCGCCAGAAGCAGAGCUUUUGGCCCUGCGGCGGCCCAGCGAUAGCAUGGAUGUUGUGGACGCAGUGGAUGAAAGGCCCACCCUUUGGGCUUUGUGCGCGGUGGUUGCAGCUGCUGCCAUCUUCAGAUGUUGCCGUGUGCAUCUCAGGCUAAAAAAGGUGGCGUGCGAUCUGGUUUGA